CUGGAAUACCCAGGGGAAGGCCAAGGCUCAGGUGCCCACAUGAUCAGCACAGCCAGGGUACCUGUGGAUAAGCCAGUACGCAUUGCUUUCAGCCUUGAUAAUGCCUCAGAUGAUACACCUUCUGAAGAUGCCAUUCCUCUGGUCUUUCCAGAAUUAGACCAGCAGCUACAGCCUUUGCCGCCUUGUCAUGACUUCACGGAAUCCAUGCAGGUGUUCAAACAGCACUGCCAAAUAGCGGAAGAAUACAAUGAGAUCAAAAAGGAAAUCGCUCUGCUUGAGGAAAGGAAAAAGGAGCUCAUCGCCAAGCUGGAUCAGGCAGAGAAGGAGAAGGUGGAUGCCGCUCAUCUGGCUCGGGAAUUCGAGGUGCUGAUGGAAGAGAACUGGACGUUGAAGUUGGCUCAGUCCCAAUGUGUGGAACAGCUGGAGAAACUUAGAAUACAGUAUCAGAAGAGACAGGGCUCGUCCUAACUUUGAAGGAUUCAGUGUGAGCAUAGAAGGAAGAUGUGAUCACCCUGUACAUCAGGGUACAAAAUGAAGGAAAAUAGAAUAUUGACUGACUCGACUAAGAAUCCUGAACAGAAUUGAGCCAUGAAACAAACUAGCGAGAGGCUUGCCACAGGUUCAUAUCCGUGUAUCUUUAAACUUC